UGACCCGAUCCCAAGGUAUUCUGGAAAAGCGAAAUUGGCCUGUGUUCAGCAGGGAUGUGCACGGAAGGGUAUCUUGGAAGGGAAAUUGGGAGUUUGUUCUGGUCACACUGAGCUCGCUGUGCCUGUCAGAUAUCCAAGUGGAGACCCGGCAGUUCGAAUCUGAGUUCCGAAGACAGGGCUGGUGGGAGACAGGCGAUAGAGAGAGGGAGGAGCCUUCAGAGGUGUUCACCGCAGGGGGCUCCAAUUAGAGACUUCGAGAGUGAGAAGGAGCAGCGAGGAGGGAGGAGGAAGAAGAACGAGUGAUGUGUGGGUAGCCGAGUGAAGAAAGGUUUACGGAAAGAGGGAUGGUGACAGUUCCCGAUGGAUAUUGCGACGCUCCCCGCUGUAAUCUCCCAAUUCAGGGGAAGUCUUCGGUUUCUAGAAAUCUCUGAAAUGAGUUUGAGGCAUGCUUUCUAACGGCACCUGUGUCAUCCAAUGAAGUUCUGCUGCGGGGAGCAGGGCGGCUGGCCGUCAGACCCGCCGCCUGAAGGGAGGCCUGGAGAAGCGUCUGAGGUGCACCAGCGUAAACAGUUCUGUCACUGGCCCUGUCAAUGCCCUCGCCAGAAGCCCAGCUGCCCUCCUGGAGUGAGCCUGCUGAGGGACGGCUGCGGAUGCUGUAAAGUCUGUGCCAGACAAGCAGGGGAUACGUGCAACGAGGCCGACCUCUGCGACCCGCACAAAGGGCUGUACUGUGACUACUCGGCAGACGGGCCUAGGUACGAGACCGGAGUGUGUGCGUAUCUUAUAGCUGUGGGAUGUGAGUUCAACAGGGUACAUUAUCAUAACGGCCAAGUCUUUCAACCCAAUCCCCUGUUCAGCUGUCUCUGUGUGAGUGGGGCCAUUGGAUGCACACCUCUGUUCAUACCAAAGCCGGCUGACGGUCACUGCUCUGGGGCUAAAGGUAGAAAGAAGUCUGAUCAAUCAAACUGUGGCCUGGGACCGUUCCAACAACAGCUUUCAACAAGCUACAAAACAAUGCCAGCUUAUAGGAAUCUCCCACUUAUUUGGAAAAGAAAAUGUCUUGUGCAAGCAACAAAGUGGACCCCUUGCUCCAGAACCUGUGGCAUGGGAAUAUCUGAUAGGGUGACCAAUGAAAAUAGCAACUGUGAAAUGAGAAAAGAGAAAAGACUGUGUUAUAUUCAACCCUGUGACAGUAACAUAUCGAAGAGAAUAAAGAUCCCUAAAGGAAAAACGUGCCAACCCACUUUCCAACUUCUCAAAGCUGAAAAAUUCAUCUUUUCUGGAUGCUCAAGCACUCAGAGUUACAAACCCACUUUCUGUGGAGUAUGCUUGGAUAAGAGAUGCUGUGUCCCUAACAAGUCUAAAAUGAUUACCAUUCAAUUUGAUUGCCCAAAUGAAGGGUCAUUUAAAUGGAAGAUGCUGUGGAUUACAUCUUGUGUAUGUCAAAGAAACUGCAGAGAUCCAGGAGAUGUAUUUUCUGAGCUCAAGAUCCUAUAAAACCAACUUUAUAUGGGAAAAGUUAAGUUUAGGUAAUCAUGUCAUUACAUCAUAAAAUUACAAUGGUUUUAAAGGGUGGCAAAUCUACCUUAUUGCCUACUAGUAAGAAUGCCUACUUAUUCUCAAAUGACUGUAUUUAAGGCAAUAGAAGCUUUUAAAAAGGCUUGUUAAAAAAAUUUAUGUAAAACUUAAAAAUCUUAAAAGUGAACUCUUUAAAAUGUAUAAUUAUGAAAUACACAGAUACUUGGUUCCAUCUACAUAUUCCAUAUGUUUCCAUUCCAUAUUUCCAAUGGAAAAUUAUACAAUUUACAAGAAAACAUUUCAUUCUAUAAAUUAAUCUGGAAUACUUUGUUGAAGAUGUGUAAAAAGUUUAAAACUCUUAAAACUAGCUUUUAAAACUUUGUGUACUUUGACCAUGUAGCCUAGGAUCCCAUCAGAUGAUAAUCAUUACAUGGUGAGCAAGAUUCUAGGUUAAUUCUUAAAAAGGAAUAAGAUUAAACUGUAAAUAUAUUUAUAGCUUCCAUUGCCCUAUUCUGAAUAUGAGUUUAUUAAGGUUUCUUUUGGAAGGAGAAAGUAGAACUUCGUUGGCCAUUGUUGACAACUGUAGACAACUGUAAUCUAAAAGUUUAUAUACCAAAUAAUGUAAAAAAUUAAAUUUCCAAGAUAAAGAUCAAAAGCAGUAUCCUUACUUUGAAAAGGAAAGAAACUUAAGAAUAUAACACUAAAGAAAAGCACACAAUGGAUUAUUCUGGCUUGAAAAUAAAUUGUCCCUAAAAAUUACUUCCUUAAAUGACAAAUCUAUCUAUGGACUUAAAAUAUAAGUUAUUUUAUUUAAAGAUAAAUUAAUGUUAAAACCUAGAGCUGGAGAUUAUAGUAACGAGAACACUUUCACUAGACUAUUACAGCCAUUUCUGCAAAGUUCGGAAGAAGGUAUCAGGCUAAGUAACAUUCUGUUUGCUGAUAUAAAUGGUGACAAGCAAAACCAAUAAUAAUGCUGUUUAAAAAUAUGGACAUUUAUUAUUAUAAAAUCAACUGGUUUAAUAAAAAGCAUUAUAUUUAAAGAUAAUUUAAUACAAAUACAUGUUAAAAUAAAUGUAAAAAUUCUUUUCAGUGCAAACAAGUGGUUACCCAAACAAGAAACAAAACCUCCCUAAUAGCUGUAAUAAAACCUACCCCUGAAAAGUUAGUGGGUAUUACACAGAAAUAUUUAUAUUGUGUUCUUCUAUUACUCCUCGUACUCACUUUUAAAGAAUCAGGAGAAUUCAACCAAAUAAAUUAUAAAUUUAUUUAACAGCUCUAGUUAUACCAAAUAAUUCCAGGGCAAAUUCCAGGGCUGUAAAAAUAAAUUAUAAAUAAAUGUAUGAAAAUCUG